CCCUAUUGAGAAUUUUUUAUAGUUUUACGUUCAUAUUGUUAAAGUUUCUCCAGAAUGUUAAAUUUUUUGAAUAAAACUAAAUCUAUAUUGCCUAAAAUACGUCACUUUGCCAGUACGUCCUCGCUUCGAACUACUACUGAAAACUUACCGAAAGAAAAUGAAAGUCAGCUUACAAAAGUUACGGAGAAAAUUGCGCCGGAGCCGCCGAUAAUAUUGACCCAGAAUUUUGAUACAUAUGAACCCGCUCAAGUAACUGACUCUCGUCAAGUUUGGAUUGAAAAUAUCGAUGAUGUACAGGAACGCAAGUUGGGUAUAAUUGAAUUGCAUCCCGACGUGUUUGCUAUACAACCACGCGUAGAUGUUAUACAUGAGAACAUUGAAUGGCAGCGAAAAUAUCGUUUUGUCAGUUUCGCUCAUUCGAAAACAAGAGCUGAAGUCCGUGGUGGCGGUCGUAAACCAUGGCCUCAGAAGGGAACGGGUAGAGCACGUCACGGUUCCAUUCGAUCGCCUCUGUUUAGAGGUGGUGGAAAAGCGCAUGGACCACGGUCACCUACAACUCAUUUUUACAUGCUGCCGUUUUUUAAACGUGUCAUGGGUUUGACGGCAACGCUAAGCGUCAAACUGGCCCAGGAUGAUUUGCGUAUUAUCAAAGAUGUCGAGAUUCCAAGUGGAGACCAUCAAUUCAUUAAGGAUCUAAUUAUUGAACGCAAUUGGGGUCCUUCAGUGUUAAUAGUUGAUAAAGAAGACAUUUUUCCUGAAAAUAUAUGCGUUGCUACAGAUAAACUGAGUUACGUCAAUUUAAUGCCUGCGUACAGUCUGAACACAUAUUCUAUGUUAAAGCACGACACUUUGGUCUUGACUAUUAACGCAGUGAAACAUAUUGAAGAACGUUUAUUAUAUCAAUUGCAUCGUUCCGAUUCUUUUGCUAAAAAUGCGCCGUUCAAGCUAAGUCAAGUUUAAUAAAAUGAGAAAAAGGUUUUUCUAUAAUGAAUAUCUGGAUUUAUUUUAUAUAUCAUAUCACAGCAGUAAAAAAAUGG